ACGAGGAUAUUAACAGCGAGCUAUAGCACAAUCUUUGAUUGAUUGCGUUAUAAAUGAAAAAACAUUCAAUGCAGUGCAGUGCAGUUGGAAAACAGACAAGUGUGAUGUACGUUCUCAUGAGGCUGCUAGAGAGAGUCGACUGGAUACCGCACACUGAUUUCGUUAGAUGGCAAUCUAAUUGACACAGAUUAGUUUUCGAUUGCUCAAGUUAAGCGUGAUUAGAAUGCUUUUACUCAAACUGGACGGAGGCGAUAUAUUAAUCGAUACUUUUAACGCUGGCGGUUAUUUAAAUCGAGCUACCCGACAUUCCAAAACAAAGAAUAUGUUUCCCCAUAAUAUCAAGAACAACCCAAGCUUGCAGACGACAGGGUUUAACACUACCAUUUAACGUUUAAUUACACGUGUUGAUCAAUACGUAGUUAUUAGGCUAUUCCUGGAAUACCGAUUUGUCGUUUUGGCAUUUGACAGAUGUGCGCUUUCAUUAACGUCAUUGUGAGUGCUGAUUUUUUUGUUAACGUAUUUCAAAAUCUAUGGAUAUAGACGCCUGCAAGAACCACGUCAUUUAGGAGUAUGUCUGACCGUAUAAAAGGGAGCACAAAUGCCUCUCUGAAGAAGAGGACUAUACUGUAGCGACGUUGACUCGUAGUCGAUCCCGUGACAAAGAUUAUUCGGUCGUCAGCACAAGCUUCCAAAGAUCAAUAGCAGAGAGAAAAUGCAUGCUGUACUGGUAAAUAUGAUCCCCCAAAACCGUAUGCUGGAUUAGCUGGCCAACCUCUACUCAACGGAACAUGUUGUUUUUACGCCAGAAAUGUAUAUAGGUGUAGGUCGGUGAGUAUAUGUAUAAACUUGAACCUCAGGCAGUGAACGAACAAAACGUACAAGUAUUGAAAAGAACUAUACAGUGUUCAAGCACGGAUUCAUCUGUGAUUGUAUGACGAUGCAAAUUUGGAGUGUGUACCCCAGUGUUCUAUGUACCGGAAGGUCAGCCGUGGGAAUACGCCCAUUUAGCCAAUGUCGAGUAUGUACUGUCAUAUAGACAUAUUUAUAACCGGUUAACUAAUAAAUAGUGAAAAACGGAUUGGCUAGAUUUGUUUGAGUGUUAGCCUGCUUUUAUUUGGAUUGUGAAUUGACAAGCUUUGAAAAAACAAACCUUGGAGAUGGUUCUGAAAAAAACAGAUACCGGAUGUUAUUUAUGACAGUGUUCAGUGAUGACGAUUGGUCAGUCUAUUUAGACUAGGUUCUGUGAUGACCAGUGGGCGAUGAUACUGUGGAUACGUUAUGCAGCCAGUGUCUUAUCUCUCGCUUUAGUAUAUGAAUUUAUCGUCUCAUCAUCGGCUACUGCGAGAAGACCAAAGAGCGAUCAAGGACAGACACGACCCGUUCUGAACAAACAGUACAUGGAAGCCAUUCCAUCCAACAUUCCGGAGAAAAUAAACGCGUCAUUCUGGAAUCAUCUGCGAGAUUUAAGCAAUGGCGAUUGGACGCAAGGGCAUAUGAAAGUUGUACAAAAAUUUGAACAACAGUUUAUCAAGAUUUCAAAAAGUGCAGGAAACAAGAAGUUUCCUCAAUACUUGUUCCCGUCUAUAGACAACACUCUAAGGUCAAAGAGAACAAGACAACCCGUGUUAGAUAGAAUGAGUAUGCUAUUUAACUUUCUGCUGCGCGAGCUCCACCGCUUCGGGUCCAGCAGGCACAACAGUGUUCCACGAUCGAAUGCCACCGAUCGAACCUUUCUGAAGGAUAAAUGUGAACGGACCAAACGUGAAUCGCCCUCUUACCCACGUAAUAGCACUUCUUUAGAACACGCACAAUUCGAUACACAAGAGAAUAUAUCCUAUACUGAUAAACAAAACAGUUCUGGGCAGAAUGAUGACAACGAACGAAUAACAAUUGCGCCAUUGACUGAAUCAAUUCAAGCAAAUGAAAGUACUUCAAAACCACCAAAUGAAGUUACAACUAAUCGCAAGAGGAUAACAGUCCGGAGGUCACGUCGCCGUGCGUAUAGGUCGAGAGUUAUCGCUCCGAAAGUUAAAAAGAAGGUGGAAUGUCUGACAGUUGUGGCAUGCAUCCAUCCAUACAUAUCGUAUCUGGCGGGCACCAUAAUGUUUAUCUUGGUAGUAUACCUCAUCAUUGUGUUUGGUAAAUGUGUGUGUGACGAUUCCUUCUAGAGCUCAUGUAAAGACUAUGGAUAUGCAAAGACAACAUUUACCUAUGUACAAAGACGAAUGUAGACGGGCAGUGAGUAAACUAGAGAUACAAAACGUGUACCAACUAUAUAUUCUUACAAAAAGUAAAGUAGUGCAUUGUAUAUGUAGAGCAAGUUCUAUAGAAGUCCAGAUGCUUAUUUGAAAUACGUUCUUUACACUCUUGGGUAUUGCAGAUGCAAUGUAUCUAUAAGUUAUGCAAAAACAACUAAGGGUAACACCGACUGCGUGACAUUAUAUAUGAUAUUGAGAUUAAAAGGGCCCAUGUAAACAAUAACGGGUCAUGUAUCUUCAGCUGACAAGUGCUUACUUGGCAUGUCAAACACUAUGGUAAGAAGUAGCGAAACCUCUAGGGUUAACCCAAACAGUCCAGUUUGCUACUGGCAUGGUGUACUUGUCAAUUUAGUUCACCUUGUACUGCGAAUCACUUUGUUUUGGCGAGAUAUAGUUUCCUUGGUGUUUUUUU